CGCCGUCGAUCGGUCAGUCAGCUUCUUCGACCAGCCAGCGAAAUCAAGGGGAAAACAACGAGAGUUAAAUAAUAAUAACACUAGCAUUAGCAUUAAAGCGAUCGGCACGAGCAAUGUUACGUCGCGGAGAAACGGGCUUCAUAUCAGCCCUGAUCUUUACUAGCCUCUGUCUGGGCUUCUGUCGGGGUUACUUCAGUCUGGAGGUCGGUGACCCCUGUCCCACGGAGAACUACCGCAGUCGCUGCCAAGUGCUGGACGAUUGUGAGACUUUGGUAUCCCAUCUCAAAACAGGGCGACUCACGUUAAGGACCGUGAUGAACUGCGGGUAUACGAGUCGCAGCGAGAAGAUCUGUUGUCCCGUCGAAGAUGCCCAAAGUGCAGUGCGCAUAGUACCCACGGAUCAGACCACCAGGAGCACGACCACCACCAGUACUUCCACCACCACCAGCACAACAACAAGAACAACCACAACUACUACUACUCCUCCUCCAGAACCCUGGCUGGACAUAUUCCAGACGGACCACGAGUUCGUCCAGCAAUUCGUUGUGCCCACUGAACGGCCAACGAGGAACAGCAUCUCAAUCCGGGACACCUUCGAUGGAGCGGAGUGCAAGGCUCCGUUGUACGAGGGCCAAUGCCGAGCGGUAUCGGCCUGCCCCAGUGUGGAGCCCCUCCUGUCCCAGGGUCGUCUGCGGGACGAGGACUUCACGACGUGCCGCGAGGGAACGCACGAGGAGAUCAUCUGCUGUCCGCUCAGCCUGCCCCUGCAUCCGCGCGUUCUAAGUGGUCCGCGCCUGGGUCUGGAGGGCGACUCGUCGCCGGCCGAGCCCUCGGAGGAUCCCUUGGAGGUGGCCGCCAUCGCACGGGCGGAGGGCCUGCUGCCCCACUAUCGCCACCUGGCCGCGCUGGCCCACCCGAAUGCCGCCUUCGAUGGCCACCUGCACCACUGUGCCGCCCUCGUGCUGACGCCACAGCUCCUGGUCAGCGCCGCCGGCUGCGAACGACCUAGUCAUGCCGUCUUCGGAGUGCCUGAUAUGCGUGACGUGGACGCCGACGAGGACUAUUUGGCGGACAUUGUGCGUCUGGUUCAUUUCCAAAGGGAUCUGUCACUCAUAAGACUGCAGGAACCACUGCGUCUGGGCAGUCAGACAUCCGCCAAUGUGAGCGUGGCGCCCAUUUGCAGCCAGUUUGAGCUGACUAGGCUGCAGGUGAGCGGCAUCCUAGUGGCCGUGGCCUGGGGCAAGGGUGAAGAGACCGACUGCCCGCUGUACGAGAUGCCCAUGCGACUGCGUCCCACCUGGGCCUGCGGUGAUCUGGCCAACUAUGGCAGGGUCCAGGGUCUGGGCAGCUCACAUCUCUGCGUGGAACCGAUGGGCGGGGAAAGGGAGCUGCAGCGGUUCUCCAACAGCAGCACCUGCGCCGCCUGCCCAGCGUCGGUGGGCAGCAUCCUUCACCUGGUGCGACCGGGUGGCGGUCGCUGCGCCCUUGCGAUUGCCACGCCCACAGGAGCCGAGUGCGAGGCGCGACCCAUGUACUUUACAGGUCUACAUAGUCCGCAGUUUAGGCGAUUCGUCGAGCAGGAGCAAAAGGAGUAGCUGCCUCAAUGCCCAAUCCCUAGGAGUCAUCUAGCUUAAGUUAGAACAAUCUGUACUCAUACUAUAGUAGUAGAUAGGAAAUAUAAGGUAUAAUUUUAGUUUAUGUCACACAGGAAAGUCUCAUCAGCAUGGUCACACUGGAAAGAUCUGACUGUACUUCAUAUGCCUAAGAUGAUAUCAGGAUCAUUUUUAAAACCUCAAUGUAGUCUUUAAAUUAAAAUAGGAGCUAAUAUAAAUAAAAUACAUAUUUAUUACA